UGAUGAUAUCAGUAAGCUUUUAUAGUACCUUGUGCUGAGUCUCUCAGAAUGGUAGAAAAAUGAAUAGCUUCUCUUCGGUUGUUAGUUGCUGCUGCUGAUAACAAAACCAGAGGUGUGGCAAAUAUGUUGUGAUAUUAGAGCUCUUAUUUGAGUGCGCUUGCUUUUAGCUGUUUUGAGGAUCCCUGUAGAUACACCAGUCUAAUUUUGGUGCCCAAAGGAAGGAAAGGGGGUGGAGAACAGCACCAGUUUUCUUCAAGGAAAGAUAAAUUAACAAUAAGAGCGUUACUCAUCUCUUAAAAGCAGUUUACUUCUGCAUAUCGUUCUUUGAUGGCUGCUGAGAAGGCCUGGAAAUCCCAAACCUACAAGACCAAAUAAAGGAAAAAUAAAAAAAUCCCAGUACUCCUUUAUACCGUCUCCUCGGGAAUUGUCCUCCAUCUGGUGACAGUUAAAGCCUUGUCUAGGACCUUUCUGCAAGCUCUCAUCUCUUUUAGAACCACUCCCAGCAAAAAAGAAAAAAGACAAAAGAAAAGAACAAGAAUUUCUUUCAUAUGAAAAAGACAAGACUGCUCUGACCCUGCUGACUCUUUAUAUUCCCUAGUAGCAGAGAGAAUUGAAUGAUGAUGUGUGUGAAGACAGACACAGUUAUUUUUCUCGUCAAAGGUAUGACAAAGUGAAACGUGUCACCAAUGAAGUGAGAGCACAGGCCCUUAGUAAGAGAUGUCAUUACAAUCUAUGAAGUAGUAUUCAUCAUUCUGGAUAUCGUGGAAGCAUAGGACAGGAGUCUACAAAAUAAGUGAAGUUUGGGGAAAAUGGCCUGUGAAUUUAAUCUGAACUUCCUUAAGGAGAUGGAACGAGAGGCUAUUCUAGAAGUCUUGUACCGUGACCAGAUGUUGAGAAAAACAGAAGAGGAAAGAAUAAGGAAACUGAAACUGCAGCUGCAGCAGCUUCGGUGGAAAGGGGCAAGAAAUGUAAGCCACGAAUACCAGGAGAGAUCUUGUGCUCGCUGUCAGAAAUCGCUUGGGUUAUUGAUGAACAGAGGUGCAGUAUGCAAUGGGUGCAGUCAUCGAGUAUGCUCUGAAUGUCGCAUCUGCCUGAAUCCCUACCUUUGGAAAUGCACCGUUUGUUAUGCACAUGGAGAUGUGAAAGUAAAGGCUGGUGAAUGGUUCUUUGAGGAACGUGCAAAGAAAUAUCCAGGAGAAGGCAGACAUGAAACAGUUGGUGCAAAGAUCUUGAAAUCUCAUCAGAAGUUGAGUAAAAUUUCUGUGGUACCUCCAACUCCGCCUCCUUUCACCGAGUCCACGACAGGAAGCAAUGUGACGGUAAAGGAACUUGGACAGUCUAAAAGUUUCAAUAAAUCUGUGGAGAACUUGUUUUUGUCUCUCACAACACAUAUAAAAAAAAUCUCUAAGUCCCAGAAUGAUAUGGCUGACAGACAACUCCUAACCACAGAGUAUGGGCAGAACAUGGAAAGAAGGAUGCAAAGAAGGAGCCAGUCUGACACUGCCAUCAACAUUUCAAGCAGGAUGAAAAGUACACCCAGUCUUCAACAGCUCAUCACUGGUGCCCAAAAUGACAGUGAAGUCCUGACCAAAAGGAUUUGCACGGAGAAAGAAGACAUAACAACGAGUCCCACAAGUGAUGCAGUUUUCUGUGAAGGCAGAAAAUAUGGGAGUUUGUGUAGUCUUAACAGCACUUGCACUGAAUCUGGCAAUUUUGGCAAGACUAACAUCACAGGAGAAAUAGAGUUUGCCAUAAGAUACAUCUUCAAAGCUUCCAUCUUAGAAAUUCGCAUCAAGGGAUGCAAGAACUUAGCUUAUGGAGAAGAGAAGAAGAAAAAGUGUAACCCUUAUGUUAAGGUUUAUUUACUUCCUGAUAAAUCUUCUCGGAGUAAGCGGAAGACGGCUGUCCAAAAAAGCACGGUGGAUCCAGAAUUUGAUGAGACUUUGAAGUACAAGAUUGAAUACUCCCAGCUGGGAAGUCGGCAGCUUCAGAUCUCUGUGUGGCACGCAGGAGCACUCAAAUACAGGGUGUUCUUGGGGGAAGUAGUGAUUCCACUGGCAGCGUGGGAUUUUGAAGAUAACUCCAUGCAGUUGUUCAACUGGUACCAGCUGAAAGCCAAGCCUGAAAAGCCUGAAGAUGAUCUCUUCCAAUACAGUGGCGAACUCCUCGUGUCUGCAAGACUGACAGUGCCAGCCCAGUCUAAAAAUUUCCAGAUUGAAGGAAAAAAAGACCAAGGAGUUCCCAACUGCCAGCUUCAGGUUAUCAUAUCUGGGGCAAAGAACUUGCCCAUGCUGAGAUCUGCUGGGAUGCUGAACUUGUUCGUUAAAGGUUUUCUUAUCCUUCCAGAUCACGCAGUGCUAAAGCAAGUGUCUCCUGCCGUGAAGAAAGAAGCCUGUCCGCAGUGGAAACACUUGUUCGUCUUUGGCGGUGUCACACCCGCUCAGCUACAGCAGUCGUGUCUACACUUGACUGUCUGGGCUCAGUCAGCUUUCAGCUUAAGUGAUCAAUUCCUAGGAGGAGCCAAGCUUGGUGCAAAGGAUGCAUUUGGCUCUACAGACCUCAUUUCUCAGUCAGUGCCCCAAUGGCAGGAAGUGCUCCGCAGCCCAAAUGUGUGGGUGGACUUCACGCUUGUACUGCAUUCAAAUAAGGAAGACUUUAAAUCAUGAGAGAUCACUGUGCAACAACUUUUCCUUCUCCAUGUGUGUUGUUUUAAAUUCAAGCGGGACAUGAGGAAGGGGGCCUGCAACAGUUCCUACUCUGGCUUUUGGGGAAUAGCAUUAUGUAUUUGAAAGUGUGUGACAGUCUGAAGAUUUUACUUCUCCCGAAGUUAAGGCUGUGUCUCUAGCUGGACUAGAAGACUUGUAUUGCUUCAGGAGUGACAAACUCAAUUGGGAAUGCAGUAUGCUGACAAGGCAACAGCAGCAGCAUGAUAUACAGUUUUCAAUUUCUGGGCACAGCAGAGCUAUAGUUACUUAAUGUGAUCUCACAGCUAGGAGUACUUGUACUUCGUAGAGAAAAUAACUGUUACCUUAAGAAAGUUUUAUGAUUUCACUGUGAUGUUGAUGUCUUAUACUUGUUCAGAGAAAACUGAAGACUAGCUUAUUUGUAGCUGCUAACACCUCUCUGCUUCAGAAUUGGCUACAGUGCCAGUAUUGCUUCACAUGACCCUAAAAAGUGGCUGUAAGCCUUUCAGAUGUGUGCUGUAGCACAGUGCUUAAAGCUGAUUAAAUGUAUAAAUUCUCCCUCAGCAGGAGCGUGGGGGCACCGGCUAAGAGAAUAGAUGUCCUUGGAGGAAGUUCCUUGUUCUUAUCAGCUGCUGCUGCAAAGCAGUGUUAACAAGUGCUGUGUACCACAGGGAUGAGACAGGACAAAGAGUUUAGCUAAACUUGUCAUUUAUUUAUGUGAACUGGUGGAAAUGCAAGCUUGAGGCCCAGCUACUGUGUUAGUUCACUUUGCCUCUGAUGUGGUGUCAGAAACCUCAUGUACACAACUAUAAAUGGUCCCAAUUCCUCUUCCCUGGGACAGUGUGAAGAUGAUCACACUGGUAAUUGCAGCAAGUAUUGUCCUUUCUCCCUUUCCAGAUCUGUGUUGCUUUUAAGGACUUAAGAGUUAUACCCACAAGGAUUUGCAGGCUAGGGCUUAAGCACCUUCAGUACCUGAAGGGCCUAAAAGAAAGCUGGGGAGGGACUUUUCUAAAGGCAUUCCCCUCUAUAAAGGGGCAAAUUGCUUUAAAUUGGAGAGGGGCAGAUUUAGACUUGACAUAAGGAGGAAAUUCUUUACUGUGGAGUGGUGAGGCACUGGCACAGGUUGCCCAG